AUGCUGUCGUGCUUUGGUAUUGGUAAAAAUCGCGAGGACGCAGAGCGCGAACCUCUGCUGCCGCGUUACAAUGACGACACCGGCCUACAGACGCGACUCCAUGAGAAGCUUCAUACAUAUCAGAUGCUGCGCGCCAUCUCUAAAGGAUACAUGCCAACAAACGAACAGCUUAUUAUUCACUUGAGAACUCUUCUAUCGGCCCAGAUUUUGAACCCUGAGCGCCAAGAGCUGAGCCCAUCUGGACGAGCCCUGGUCAGAAGCAUCAAGCUGUGGAUCAAACAGUUCAUCGAGGUGUUGCAACACAAGAAUAGUAAAGACCAGAUUCAGGACUUCAUUUGGUACCUCACCAAAGCUCGUUUGGACGUCGACGUCGCACAUAUUGAGCAGCGAGCUGCCAGGGCAAAGGUCCGAGCCGAUGCUGUCGCAACCUACAAGAGCUUGCAGACUGUUGGAUCGCUUCUCUUGACCAACUCCGAUUUCCGCAUCUUCCUUUCCGACCUUAGCACUGUUGGAAGAGAGGUGCUUCGAGACACUGCCUUCACCUUGUCCGACGUCUCCAAACAAGCUGGCGAGGCCAUCGAGCCGUCCAAGGAGGAAGAAGAGGCUCUUAAACAUGCAAAUGGCAAUGGGAAAUCGCCUGCUCCACCUUCCGACGAAGAUCUUAAGAAUGAAGUUGUAGAUGUCGGUGAGACCGUCAAAGAUGGUGCGCUUGAAGUGGCCGACGGAGCGGUACAGAGCAUCAAGGAGCAUGUGAAGGGCGACGAAGGUGAUGCAUUGGUGAAGCGCCUCAAGCAAACUGUGAUGAACCUCCGGAAGCGAACAGACUACAAGGAGUCAGUUUCAACAAUCUCGCUGCUCAUCCAACGUUACCUUCUCGCCUACUCCCACGCAGCCGUUGCAACCGUUGAAGCAGUCGAGGAGGACACCCAGCCCAACCCAGAGGCCGACAAAGCAGUCCACAAUUUCUGGCUGUUCAUCACUUCUCUUGGCAAGCGUGAGCAUUGGGACGAGGUCAAGAAAUCCUUCGAAGCCGUUGUCGAUGAUGGAAAAACUGACCCCAACUUCGAUGAGCUUGUUCGACAGAUUGGCAAUCUGGUGCAGGAUAUGCUGAGCGACCCUGACUUCUUUGACAAUAUCGAAGAACGAUUCCAGGAACUGCGCAAAAAGUCCAAUGAUCUGACUGCCAAAUCAUCAAUUCGAGAUGAUCUCGACGCCCUGCUUUCCAGUCUGUAUGCCGCUUUCCGCUCAAUCUUGGAUGACCAAGAUAUCAAGAAGCUCAUCCACACGACUGAGAGAAUUGCUCUCCUCUUGUCGCCCGCCGGCGAAUACGCUAACAGCGACCUGGUCACUGACACUAUCAACAUCUUUGUCCCUCUCCUCAUCCAGGCUAUUCAGUAUAUUCCCAUUCCACGUGUUGAAGUAUCGGCACCCACUAUCGAUCUUCUGCUAGAGAAUCUCAUCCUUGAGCCUGGUCGCACCAUCAAUGCAAGCUCCUUCCUACCUUUCCAGCUUAACAUCUCAACCUACAAUGAUGUCCAAGUGAGAAAGGCACUUCAUGGGACGCAAUCUACCAUGAAAUCAAUGAUGAAAGUGACGGUGUCUGGCCUCUCUAUUGCAGCCGAUGACCUGGGUUACUGGUUCCGCGUACACUCUGGUCUUUUCCGUAUGGUUGAUGAAGGUAUCGCAGGAUUCCACCUCGAUAAGCGCGGCGUGGACAUCACUCUUGACCUCGAAAUUGGAAAGGAUCGCAUGGAACAGAUCGUCACCUUACGCGAUGUCAAGGUCCGCAUUCAUCACCUUAACUACACGUUGAGCAAGUCCAAGUUUGCUUGCCUCGCUUGGAUCCUGAAGCCAUUGGUGCGGCCCAUUGUGCGCAAGGCUCUUGAGGUCAAGAUUGCAGCUUCAAUCGCUGAAGGUCUUCACUUCCUGAACCGCGAAAUGCUUUAUGCACGGGAGCGUCUCCGUGCCACACGAAUUGCUGAUCCUAAGGACCUCUGGACGUUCAUUCGAGCAGUUGCUGCACGUCUCGUUCCAGCGCCCGAUCCAGACGUCGACGCCCGCGUUGGCGUCAAGGCAGGGUCAGGCGUGUUCCAAGGGCGGUAUGCACCUGGCAGUCUGGUCAAGCUGUGGGAGGAGGAAGGCAGGGAUGCAGAGCAGAAGCUCUUUGAGUAUCAGCAGGGAGGAUGGAAGAAUGAUAUCUUUGACGUUAGCACAAGCCGAGUUUAA